CGAGAAUCAGAUGAGAAAAGCCUUACGCAAAAGGACAAAAAAAAAAAAAAAAUACGUGACUGUAACCAGGGUAACAGCAAGUCUCGCGUGAGGUGCAUGCCUAUCGAGAGGGGCUGGUGUGAGGGGAAAAGUGGUCAAUCGUACGAUUGAUGCACUUAUGAUAAUACAGCAAACUGGCUUUGGUUAGAUCACAGUUCGCCAAGUAUUUUUAAAAAUCCUACAUCGAUUGCAGGGCUUCGGGUUGCAGCUUGCAUUUUCCUUCGCUGCAUGACGCAUAAGACGGUCCAAGUGGGCAAGUGAUACGGAUAAAUCUCCGAUGGCUAUGCUAAUGCUAGCUCCUUAGCUUUGUUUACAUCUAGUGCGCGCCUGCUGGAUAAUUUCCGACCGCACAAACUGGGGAUUUUAACUUUAGUUCUUCAUUUUAUCUGACAAUCCAUGCGAAAAAACGCGUCGGAUAGUAUGUAGACUCUAAGGCUGCUAGUAAGCACAUGCUGUUCGAGCAUUUUGCUGAUUAUUAAGCUAACAUUAGCUACGUAAUGCUAACCUUUUGAUCUUGGCUCGUUCGAUCAUGCGGUUCGAUCGUAGCCCAUAGGUUUCUUUAGAUGUGCCAUUUGUUGUAACAUAGUGUGUAAUUAUUCCGACUUUAUAUUACUCAAUUAUGACCUUAAAAACUUCUCGAUUAAAAAGCAACUACCACACAACAAACCGGGGAUGCUAACUUGAGCUAGCCACCUGCUGAGCUAGCUAACGUUAUUCGCGUUCAAUGAGACGGCUACACAAUGUAUUGUGUGCGUAAUUAAUUUCUAUCUUAUUCUGCGUUCGCGUGGUGCAGUGGGUGCCUGUCGCAACACCGGGCUGCUUUUAUUUUCGUAUCCACGUUGGCUGUCUGUGGAUACUCUCCCUCGGACGGUGUUCCCCAAGGAGCUGGGUAGUGCACCGCAAUGAAUCCCGUGGAUGCAACCGCUCUGUAUGUGUCUGCCACCCGGGCAGUGCUGCGGUGCGACCCGCUGCAGCCUCAGACCUUCGCAGAAAUGUACAAGCAGCUACCCUUCUUCCGACAGUCCCUCGCGUGUCUCGUCUGUGGCAAACUCCUGGAGGACCCCAUCUCCCCAACACACCCAGAGUGUCAGCAUUACGUCUGCUUGGGCUGCAAAGGCCAGAAGAUGCAGAUCAGGUUGUCGUGCAACCGCUGCAAGGACUACUCCUGCUUCCAGGAGAACAAGCAGCUCUCUUUACUGGUGCAGUGCUACCGACGGCUCUGCCUCUACAUAACUCAUUCGCCACUGCUCAAGUCGAUCAGCAGCCACGUGGGAGGCUCUCCGGAGGUCAUGACCUUGUUGGAGGAGGUGCUCGUGUCGCACAAAGAGGAGACAGAGCAUCCGGGCUUAGCCGAAGAGGAUGUGAAUCUAUCUGCUCUAGAGUCCCUCACGCCCACGGAGGCGCCGCCCGCUCCUGCGGAACUCUCCGCCGUUCCUCAGAGCUCCUCCUCGGAGCCUCCGUGUUUCAACGGGCCGCCAGAUUGCAACGGACAAGCGCUGGAGGACCCGUCUUCCCCCGAGCUGGAAGUGUGUGAGGUGGUAGAGGAGCAGCAGCAGCAUCAUCAUGUAGGUCUGUCUGUGUCUGAAACCGCCUGCAGCGGUCUAGAACUGGGUCUGAGCACUGGACCUUUAACCCCAAAGAUAGGCACUGUGUGCUCACUCAGGGAGGGGGAACCUAGUACCAGGGAGCUGGAGGAGGGGGAGGUGUUGCUGCUCAGCGUAGAGGAGGUGCUACAAACGCUGGAUCCCCUGCAGCCCGACCGGGACGCUCUUCACACACACCCGGAAAGGACGCACAUCGCCACAGACAAAACGCACACUCACAUGUACAUACAGCUGGACGCAGCCCACAACUACACCCAGAUCCACACGGGCAGGACUCACACGGUGGCGCACCACGCCACUCACAUGCACCCUUCUUCCUUCGACCCGUCUCCCGCCUCCAAACCCCAGCAGGCCCGGCCCAACCGGAAGCGCUCGCGCUCCGAGAGCGACAGGGAAAAGGUGAACCCCGUCCCCAUCACCUCCAUCCUCCACGACUCGUCGCCCCAGUCGCACACUCCGACCCCCGCUCACACUCAGCACACGAAGCUACCCAUGCCUCCCCUCGCAGUUCCGGCGCACACGUACUCGUCAUUUCCCAACGGCGCAUUCCCCAAGCACAGCCGCCCCGCACAGAACCACAACAAAGGCGCCAGGAAACACGUGGACCCGAGCUCCAAGAAGCCCCACGCCAAGGCCCGCAGUGGCGGAGGCUCCAAGACAAAAGACCGGAGCAAAGACCAGCGGCCGAUGUCGGGCUGUGUCUUGCCAACGCCGCCCGUCAGGCCUCCGUACAAGAAGCCGGUGGAGAAGAAGGGCUGCAAGUGUGGCAGGGCCACUCAGAACCCAUCUGUUUUAACCUGCAGGGGGCAGCGAUGUCCCUGUUACUCAAACCGUAAGGCGUGCUUGGACUGUAUCUGCCGGGGCUGCCAGAACUCCUACAUGGCCAACGGUGAGAAGAAACUGGAGGCCUUCGCCGUGCCCGAGAAGGCCCUGGAGCAGACGCGGCUCACCCUCGGCAUCAACCUGACCAGCAUCACGGCGGCCGCGGCUCUCCGUAACCCGGCGACCACCAGCAUCCGCGCUAACACCCUCCUCAACGUCACCACGGCGACGGGGACUCCCGUGACCACGGCCUUCCUGUCCGCCAGCCCGCCGCAGGAUGCUAACUUUGACGACAGCUUGGAGCUGCUGAUUGGCUGAUUGGCAGAAAAUCGGAAAAAACAAAACAAACAGGGGAAAAAAAAAACACGACAACACAGCGUGGUGCUGAUUGAAUGUGACGGCUGAUUAUCCACCCGUUUCCGCCAGCUCCCUCUUAGGGAGGACUCGACUCAUGGCAGCUAUGUGUCUGUCCUGUUCUGUAACCUGCUGGUUUUCUGUACUGGAAAACGCUGACUAGUGAGAUUAGCAUGGGUGUGCCAAAGCCUCCUGUAUCGUGCCUGUGCACUGGUGUGUAUUGUUGCCAGUCUGUAGGUAUAUACUCUAUUCCAAGGAUGUUCUGUUCUUCAGAGGUGCUUUUUUUCAGCUUAUAGACCACAGAUUUACUGUAAGAGGCAAUAGAAACCCAUUCCAAGUUUUGUUCAUUUGCACACAAAUAUGUGCAGAUUUUUACUCUUUUUAAAAGUAAAAAAAAAAAAAAACAUCUGUCAGUAGCGUAAUUUUUUAUUAUGAUUUCAUCUUCACCAUUCUGAGUGUUAUUCCUAAAAAUAUGAAAUGUGUCAUGUUAUCAGGACCCCUUCCUAAUCCCUAACCCCGUACACGAGCACACUUUAAUUUGGAAAUCGGACUAAGCGUUACACAAGACACCCUGUCUAAAUGCUCCCAGCUGUUUGGGAGUUUGUUUUAAACAGCAUGCUUUUUACUUUUAAUGAGAUCAUCCUGAGGCACUUGCCCCGUGUUGGAGGCAAACCGUGGGUUUUCAUCGUCACAGCAAUACGAAUACCCAAUGAGGAGGCUCGCUGCUCCUGUCCGGUUACAGUUUUGUGACUGUAAUCAAUCGUCAGUCCUCAAAAACUAACACACUUGUUCAUGACUAUAUGUGUAUAGAGGUCAACUGAAGCCAUAGUUCUAUCAGAAAGUUUCCUUUAAACUUCCCAACACACACACACGUGGAGUCCUGAUUAAUCAGAGAUUAUACCAGAUUUAUUUUUGAUACUGUUGGAGGUUUGGUAUCCAAGGGUUUUGGUUAUAUCACAAAGAAACGUUUCAUGAGGCUGUGUGUCGUCUGUGUUUGUGUUUACCUUCUCGGCUGUAACUCUAACAUGUCCAUCAGUCCAGUAUUGGUGACCCAAAAAAAACAA